GAUCUCUUGAGACUGCAAAGACUGUUUAAAGAAGGAAGACGGCAUGAGAUUGGAUUCAGUGCAGUAAAGUAGGUUAGUUUGAGGACAAGAAAAAAAGAGUAAUUAUUUAGAUCUUCUUGUGUUGCCGUGAUGAGAACUUACCAUUGUUUCUGGCUGCUGUUUUGGGCUGGUCAGCCCCACCAAAGUUUCUUAACCCCAUUAUCCAAAAGGACUAGUGGCUUUCCAGAAAAGGAAAAGGUUUUGGUAUUGUCUGGAAACAGCAGGCAAGACCUCCAUCGUUCCAAAAGGAGCUGGAUGUGGAAUCAGUUCUUUUUAUUGGAGGAAUACACAGGAACUGACUACCAAUAUGUUGGCAAGCUGCAUUCAGACCAGGAUAAAGGAGAUGGAUCACUUAAGUACAUCCUUUCUGGAGAUGGAGCAGGAGACCUCUUCAUUAUCAAUGAAAACACUGGUGACAUCCAGGCCACAAAGAGACUAGACAGGGAAGAAAAGCCUGUAUACAUACUCCGUGCCCAGGCUAUAAACAGAAGGACUGGAAGACCAGUGGAACCAGAAUCUGAGUUCAUCAUUAAGAUCCAUGAUAUCAAUGACAAUGAGCCAAUGUUUACAAAGGACAUUUACAAUGCCAGCAUUCCCGAAAUGUCAGAUGUUGGUACCUUUGUUGUGCAAGUCACUGCAACUGAUGCUGACGAUCCUACAUAUGGGAACAGUGCUAAAGUUGUCUACAGCAUUCUCCAGGGACAACCAUAUUUCUCUGUUGAAUCCGAGACAGGCAUUAUUAAAACUGCUUUGCUAAACAUGGACCGUGAAAACAGGGAGCAGUACCAAGUGGUCAUCCAGGCUAAGGACAUGGGAGGCCAGAUGGGUGGAUUAUCAGGAACCACCACCGUGAACAUCACAUUGACUGACGUAAACGACAAUCCGCCUCGCUUCCCCCAGAGCACAUACCAAUUCAGAGCUCCUGAGUCUACGCCACCUGACUCACCAGUUGGCAGGAUAAAAGCUAAUGAUGCUGACGUGGAUGAAAAUGCAGAGAUUGAAUACAGCAUCACUGAGGGGGAUGGACAUGACAUGUUUGGAAUUACCACAGACAAGGACACGCAGGAAGGAAUUAUAACUGUCAAAAAGACAUUGGAUUUUGAAAAUAAAAACCUAUAUAUUCUGAAAGUGGAAGCUACAAAUACUCAUGUGGACCCUCGAUUCCUCUACCUGGGGCCAUUUAAGGACUCAGCUACAGUCAGAAUUCAGGUGGAGGAUGUAGAUGAACCUCCCGUGUUCAGCAGACCAGCAUACAUAAUGGAGGUGAAAGAAGAUGUUCCAAUAAACAGUAUAAUAGGAACAGUAACUGCUCAGGAUCCAGAUGCUGCCAGGAACCCUGUCAAGUACUCUGUAGAUCGACACACUGAUAUGGACAGAGUAUUCAACAUCAAUUCAGGAAAUGGUUCGAUAUUUACUUCAAAACCCCUUGACCGGGAAACACUGCUAUGGCACAACAUUACAGUAAUAGCAGCAGAGAUCAGUAAGUCAAACCUAAAUACCACUGCUGUCCCUGAU